AUGGACAAUUUCCAAAAAGAAAAAGAACAUCCCUUCCACAUCCCUCACAUGCGCAACCACGGCUCCUCGUCCUCGGAACCGGCCUCCGACGAGGUCACAUUUGCCCACCGUGAACACGACCAAGAGCAAAAUGUUCGGAGCAUGGACCCAAACCCAAGCGCGCCCUAUCCGUAUCAUCAGGAGCACGGCCCGCCCAUCGACAACGCGCUCAAAUACGACGAGGCCGAGGAAGACUACCAGCACCAUAAGCACCUGCUGUGGAGUCGCAUCAGACAUCAUCUGAGGGACCCCUUCGCCGAGUUUAUGGGCACCUUCAUCAUGAUUCUGUUCGGGGACGGAAGCGUGGCGCAGGUCACAUUGAGUGCGAACCCAAAGUUGCCCCAGAGCAGUCAGAACAAGGGCGAGUAUCAAUCCAUAUCCUGGGGAUGGGGUAUCGGUGUCAUGCUGGGCGUCUACGUCGCAGGCUGUGCCGGAGGCCAUUUAAACCCGGCUAUAACGUUUGUGAACUGCUUGUAUCGCAAGUUUCCCUGGUACAAAUUUCCGAUCUAUGCAUGUGCGCAGGUCAUGGGCUGCUUUUGCGGCGCGGCCGUAAUCUACGGCAACUACAAAUCCGCGAUCGAUGCGUACGAGGGUGGCGCUUCGAUCCGCACCGUCCCAGGUUUCUCGGAACAUGCCACCGCGGGCGUCUUCUGCACUUACCCACAGCCGUUCUUGACAAAGACAGGCCAGGUGUUCUCUGAAAUCAUCUCGAGCUCGGUCCUGGUAUUUGUCAUCUUUGCCUUGAAGGAUGAUGCGAAUUUGGGAGCUGGCAUUAUGGUUCCCGUGGGGUUGUUCUUCUUGAUCUUUGGUAUUGGAGCGACUUUGGGUUGGGAGACCGGCUAUGCUAUUAAUCUGGCUCGAGACUUUGGGCCCAGGUUGUUCACCUAUUUUGUGGGCUAUGGACAUGAGGUGUGGAGUGCUGGAGGGUACUAUUUCUGGGUUCCGAUGAUCUGCCCCUUCAUUGGAUGCACCUUCGGCGGCUUCUUGUACGACACGCUGAUUUACACGGGCGAGUCGCCCAUGAAUACUCCUUGGAUGGGUAUCAAGCGUCUUGUCCAUCCAACGCGCAAGGGGAUAAAGGAAGCGAUUACCGGCAAGCCUGCGAAGGAGGUUUGA